CAGAGCGAAAGAAGAAGGCGGAGCCAAGAUUGCUCUGCGACGACCGUCAUGGCCACUCCUUUCACUGCUGCUGCUGCGGCGCUGGCUGGUAGUCGACGUCUUGGCGAGCCUGGUGCGUCGUAAUGGAGGCUCCGCUCGGGCAUUUUCUGGCGCGCAGCGCAACGAGUCACUGACAAAGGGCCCCUUGCCGACUGAGCCCCUGGAAAGCUGGCACGCGGGUCCAUGUCGUUGCCGUGGCGUGACCCGGUGCGCACGGUGACCUUCCAGCGGUCGCCGUCCAGCCGGCACCUGGACUCGGGCCGGCUGGGUUUCGAGGUGCGCGCCACCGAGCCCGGAGCUGGCCUUAUCGUCGCCCACGUCGAUCCCCAGUCGGCGGCGCACCGCGCGGGGCUCAGGCCGGGGGACCGCAUCCUGGCAGCGAACCACGUCCCCUUCCGCGACCUGGACCUCGACGCGGCGCUGCAGGUUCUGGAGAGUCACCGGACCCUGCGGCUGAGCGUGGCGUCUCCCUCCCGGCACAGCGGCUACGCCUGGGUGACCCGCGACGGCCGGCCCACAUCACCGCCAGCAUCGUGGGGAGCGCCCGUGCACAAGGUGAGCCUCAACGUGGACAAGGGUCGCAGCCUGGGCCUCACCAUCCGCGGCGGCCAGGAGUACGGCCUUGGAGUCUUCGUCAUAGGCGUCGACCGGCACUCGGCUGCCGAUAUCGCCGGGCUACAGGUGGGGGACGAGAUCCUGUCGGUGAAUGAGCACGACCUGAGUGAGCUGACGCACGACGAGGCUGCCGACGUGCUCCAGCACGCACCGCGCAUGAUACUGCGUGUGCGCCGCCUGGGCAAGGUGCCCUGCGACCCUGCCCUGCUGGCUGACGGCGACGAUGACGAGCACGACGACCACACUCGGAGAAGCGUCCAGGACUGCAGAAACUCGGUUGCUUGUUACCAUCAUCAUCAUCAGCAGCAGCAGCAGCAGCGGCGGCGGCGGCGGCGGCAGCAGCGGCAGCAGUCGAUUUUGUGUCCACUGCAGUACGCAAGCUUCUUCCAGCGAAAUCCAGUUACACCUGUCUUGCGCUAG